AUGCCAAAGCUUUCAAACUUCCCGAGCACCUUCAAUGGGCCUCAGUCUCCCAUGCUUGCCAAUGACUCGCCGUUUCCCAUGCUCAAGGCUGACUACCGGUAUAGAGGCGUCUACGAAAGAGCAGGCUUCGAUGUCAAUUUGAAUGGAUACAAAAGCGGCAUGCACUCUCCCAGUGAUACACGCACCAUGGCCCUGGCAAGGAAGCAGCCAGCGUCUCCAGCGUCCCUGAAUUUUGGGUUUCCUUCAGCAAAGGGCCCUUCCAAGCAUGUCAAUCAGUCACUGAGAUCGCUCCCCAUGAGCUCUCACAGACGCGACAAUGUCUCGCCAACAGAGUCCAGAUCUAGCGCUGGAAAAGCUGCUGCUGCUGCUACCACUGCUACCCACCCUUACUCUACAUCAUCUAAUAACUCAUAUCAUGACCCUGCGUCUGCUCCCGCUUCUGCUCAUCCAGUGAACGCUCCUGAUAGGUUCCAGUUACCCAAAAAGGCUCCCAUAGAAGUUCAGCCUCCACAACACAACCAACAGCAACAGCAGCACGCGGCAUACCAAGCAUUCCAGCCUUUUAAGCCAGAUACUGAGAAAAUCAUGGUUUUGGAUGACCAAGGUAACCCCAAAAUCAUCGAUAGCCAACCAGAUGUGCCUCCUCGUGCUGAUAGAAACAUCAAGGGUCUUCGGGUGCACAUCCCUCACAGCACUCACAACAUUUGUAACACCCAUAACGCAGAUUUCAGCAAACCUGACACGACAUUUAGCACCCAAUCUCCCUCGGGCCGGGAAUCGGAGUCUGACUACAACUCUCCCACUUUCGAUCACACUGAACAAGCGUCCACGGCGCAUACCUCAGCAACUUCGUCUAAUGAGUUCAGAAAGAAUAGUCUUGACUCUGCCGCAAGCGUCAAGACGUCGGAACUUGUCAAAUCAACACCUUAUCCAACCCUGAAUGACAUCCCGGUUAUACAGGAGCAUCAGGAUUUGUCUUCCAUGCUUGAAAGCUUCCGCCUGGACGUUGAGGACCACAAAAAUCUCAAAUUCAAGAAUUCUCCCUCCGCUUCAAAGGUGCUUGAUAAUUCAUCACAACUUACCCCUGAUACAACCAGUCAUUCCAUGGGACUCGAUGACAACAAUAGUUCAGAGUCAUCAUUCAACUUUACAGGUGAGCAAGUUGGCCAUUCGGACAUGACAAAGGGUCAUAGCAGCCACGAGUAUCAAGAUUUUCUCAACGCAUCAGCUGCUGGCGAUAGAAAGAACAUCAGAAACUCAAACUUGUCUACUAUUUCCUCUAUUAUCUCCAAACUGAACGAUGGAAAUGAUGAUAGAGAAGAUGAUGUGGAUCCCGAGUUGCACCGUCAACUCGAGUCCCUCAAAAUGGGAGGCGAAAUUCCCUCUGUCUCGCCAGCUCGCAAACCAACCGAUACCGACUCUUUUGUCACUGCAUCAAACCUGCCUGAGCACGCUAACCCCAAUGCAGCUGUUCCGGUCUUCAACAUUCAAGACGUGUCUGAGAAGCUUGAAGCUGACAAUGACAAUGACGAUUCUUCAGUCGCUAAAUUCAGAGAAGCGUCUUCCCCCUCAAGUGAUGUUUCUAAUCCAUUUUACGAGGGCAACGAUAAUCCUCCACAAGCAAAGGAAGGCCAUUUGAUUUCUGAUGUAAGCUCAAAUGAUCUUGAGGCGGUUGACUUGAAUGAAGAUAUUGAGACAAAGGCUCCAAGGACGCCUUACAACCCUGGUGGUGAGUUUGAUGAUGAUCCUUUCACCCACGAGACACCGGAAACGAUCAAGCCAUUGAGUCCGAAGAAUCAUCGAAUUGAGGAGGAGCUCAAGGACAUGAACUUCAGGUACGAGCCUGAUAUUCCCAGGGUCGAAGCCGCAAGUGAAUACCCAAAGAUUACUGAGGGUGAUGACAUUCUGAUGAGAAAUCGUCUCACAUCGGAGUUCAAUCCAUUCCCACAAUCCGUCAUUGGAACCCAGUAUCCAAAAUUUAGAGAUAGUGACAUGCCCAUGAAAACUCCGCCUGGUCUGGGAAGAUGUCGUGGAUGUGGUGAAGAUGUUGACAAAAAUGCCAAGGGCUCUAGAAAGGCGAUAUUCUCAAAGACGGGUGAGCUCUCAGGACAAUGGCACAGAGGGUGUUUCUCAUGCUCGUUCACUGGAUGUGAAGUGAAUUUUGACAAGCACACUCCAUGUUACGUUCUCCUUGAUAAUGCAUUCUGCAAGCAUCACUAUCAUCUGCUCAACGGUACUCUUUGUCAAACCUGUAACUCAGGAAUUGAGGGCGAGUGCAUUGAGAAUGAAAUGAGGCAAAAGUGGCAUACUGAUUGCUUGAAGUGCAACAGAUGCCAUGGCGGCAUUAGAGAUGAUUAUUUCCUAAUAAAUGGAGAGAUCGUGUGUGAGAAGGAUGCCAAUGUACUUAUAAAGAAGAUGGAGAAAGAGGGUAUGUUGUGCACGGAUAAGAUCGAAAAGAGAAGAACCAGGAUGAUGUUUGUGGACCAAGUUCCGGAGUUUUGA